UUCAACUUAAGCAGCCAUUGAUUCCAAAAAUGGCUUCAAAAGGUGUGCUUCUUGUCCUCGCUUGCUUUCUUCUCAUCAACACCAAGGUUUCAUCAGAUGAGGAAAACAGAUUCCUUAGUGAUGUAAAUAAUGCUUACAACAAGCCACCGCCACCGCCACCACCUCCGUCCCCACCACCACCAUCUCCGUGCCCACCCCCUCCUCCAGUAGCAAAGGCGUCCCCACCACCGCCUCCACCUCCGCCAUCGCCACCAAGGAACACCAAAGAGUGUGCUCCAUUGUGUGUGGUGCGGUGCAAGAAUCAUUCGAGGAAGAACGUAUGCAUGAGGGCGUGCGUAACAUGCUGCGAUAGAUGCAAGUGUGUUCCACCGGGGCAGUAUGGAAACAGAGAGAAAUGCGGCAAAUGCUACGCCAACAUGACCACCCGCGGCGGCAAGCUCAAGUGUCCUUGAUUCUUUCUUCUUUCUGAAUUCACCUAAUUUUCUUCACUCCAAAACCAACUAAGCAUAUGAGAUUUGCUCUACCUAGCUUCUGUCAUAUUUAAUGGAGUCAUUAAUAAAUUAAAUUUAGUGGGAAAAUUUGUUGAUCCUGCUAACUGUAUGAACUCGAAUAUAUAUAUGUCUGUUUUCGCA